AUGGUCGAUGGUGAUAGCGCAACAACAACAACGAUUGAACAAUCCAAUAAUCAAGAUGAUGAUAAAGAUGAGUUAAGAUUAGCAGUCACCAAUAAUAAUAAUAAUAAUAAUAACCAGGAACAACAAAAAUCCGAUGAUAAUGUAAUCAAUAAACGGCCACAAAUGAUGACGACGAUGAUGGAUUCGAAUAUUUCAAAUCCACGGACGCAAACAGUAGCGCCAUCUUCAUCUUUUCAAACAGUUCGAUUCUAUAGUCAUCAUCAACAGCAGCAUCAACCAACCUUUGUACAUUCUUUCGAUAAUAAUUUUGUUUAUCAUGGACAACAACAACAACAACAAUAUCGUCCAUCAUUACAUCCGUCAACAUCAUCAGGUCUAUAUAUGAUACAUCAUUGUGGUCCACGAUUUGAAUAUCCAAAUAACCACAAUAAUGGUCAUCCCUUUUCUUCAUCAUCAUAUAAUUAUAUGGCUGCUCCAUAUAAUAAUCCGAAUCAUUAUCCACCACCAGCACCACCACCAUUAUCGUUAAAUUCUAAUCAGGCACCACAACCGUCUACUUCCAAUUAUACAAAUUCUAAACAGCCAAAACAAUGGAUACAACAACAACCACCUGUAGCACAAGCAGCAGCAGCACCAAAGAUUUCAGGAACAACCACCGCUUCCAUUAAUAAUAAAGGAUCUCAAAAGCUUCAACAUAUGCAACAACAACAACAACAGCAACAGAUACAGCCACAGCCAUCAUCAUCAUUGAAUGAUCAACAGCAGAAAGCAUUUGGAACAUUUACAUUAACUGGAGAAAGAAUUCGACGACCACCAAAUUCAUUUAUGAUAUUUGCAAAAAAUCGUCGUCGUGAAAUUCUAUAUGCAAAUCCACGAAUGACAAAUAAAGAAGUUAGUAAACAGCUUGGUCUUGAAUGGCGAGAAUUACCCGAAGAUCGUCGUUUACAUUAUAAACAAUUGUCCAUACAUUAUAGUAAUGAACAUAAGACUAAAUAUCCAGGAUAUUAUUAUAGUCCAAUUGAAGCACGAAAACGUAAAAAUGAAAAAUAUCGCCUGAAACGAAUGAAAUUGAUGGUUAACGAAAAACAUCCACAGCAACAACAUUCAAAUUUAUCAGAUACAAGAUCGACGACAAGGUCUUCGAACUAUACCAUCAUACAACAACAACAACAAAAUAGCCAACUUAAUAGCACUAUGUGGACAAAUGUGAUUGAUGGACAGCAGCACCAUCAACAAAAUCCGUCCGGCAGUAAUAGCUAUAUUCAUAGGAAUGAUCCUCGAUUAACAACAUCACAAAUAAAUUUCAUUGUCGAAUCCCCACAACCACCACAACAGCAAUACACGGGACAACCAACAACUACAUCAACAUCAACAACAACAUCAUCAUCAUAUCCAAUGAAUAACAAUUAG